AUGCUCAAGGGUAGGUUUUUGGGGACAUUGGCGCAAACGAGGUAUGUUUUGAGAAAUCGCGCUUUUAGAGCCACUGGGAUCUGUUGUGGGUCUGUGGUUGUCCCUCAGAGAGGGAAUCAUUCCUCUGCCGGAAAAACUGACGUUUCGUCGAACCAGUAUGGUCAAUUGUAUAGCAGUACAGGGUCCGCGGAACUCGGGAGACCACUGGACACUUUUUUGAGAAGACACAUUGGGCCAUCGCCUAAUGAUACCAGUGGGAUGCUGGAAACGAUGGGCUACAAUGAUCUCCAGGAAUUUGUUGCCGCUGUGGUACCCUCUAAGAUCUUGCAGUUGAAGCCGUUGGGGAUCGGUGCCCCACAGAAGGGAUUUACAGAACAAGAGAUGUUGAAACAUUUAAGGCAUCUCGCCAAUAAAAAUCAGUAUCAGGUGAAAAAUCUUAUUGGGAAGGGUUACUACGGUACAAUAUUACCCCCUGUUAUCCAAAGAAAUGUCUUGGAAUGCCCAGAAUGGUACACAUCGUACACGCCAUAUCAGCCAGAAAUCUCACAGGGGAGAUUGGAAUCCUUGCUUAACUUCCAAACUAUUAUUUCCGAUUUGACAGGGCUGCCCAUUGCCAAUGCGUCCCUUUUGGACGAAGGUACAGCCGCUGGGGAGGCAAUGCUCUUAUCCUUCAACAACUCCAGGAAGAAGAAAUUGAAGUACAUUAUUGACAAGAGAUUGCACGAACAGACUAAAUCUGUUUUGAAGACAAGAGCACAGCCCUUCGGUAUCGAGUUAGUGGAGACUGAUCUUUACGAUUCGGAAACCGUUUUGCCACUUUUGGAAGAUGAUCAAGUAUGUGGCUGUAUGGUUCAGUACCCUGCUACAGAUGGGUCCAUUAUUGCACAGGAGGCGUUGCAAGAAGUGUCCGAGGCGAUUCACGCUAAUAAAGGGCUUUUAACAAUGAACACCGAUCUGAUGGCAUUGACUCUAAUGAAACCACCUGCCGAAUUCAACGCUGAUAUCGCAUUGGGGUCCUCCCAAAGAUUUGGCGUCCCCAUGGGAUUCGGUGGUCCACAUGCUGCUUUCUUUGCUGUGACAGACAAAUUGAGUAGAAAGAUCCCGGGAAGAAUCGUUGGUGUUUCCAAGGAUAGGCUGGGGAAGAGAGCCUUGAGAUUGGCAUUGCAAACGAGAGAACAGCACAUCAAACGUGACAAGGCCACCUCCAAUAUCUGUACUGCCCAAGCGCUACUGGCCAAUAUCGCAGCCAAUUACGCUGUUUACCACGGUCCACAGGGGUUGAAAGAUAUUGCAAAGAGGAUAUAUGCCAUGACGACCAUACUGGCAAACUCGAUCAACAACUCUUCCAAACAUUCAGUUUUAUGCGCAAACUGGUUUGACACCCUAACCGUUAAACUUGGGGAUGGCUUAAUUGCAGACCAGUUUUUGCAAAGAGCAUUGGAGCAGUAUAACAUGAAUCUGUUCAAAGUUGAUGAUAAUACCGUAUCACUGUCAUUAGAUGAAACAGUCACGGAGGAGGAUCUUUCGAAACUGAUUAAGCUAUUUAACAACGACGCGAGUCCCGAUGGCGCACUACCAAGCAAGCUUCCUGAAUUCCCAGUAGAACUUUCACGCGAGGGAGAGAUAUUGCUUCAAGAAGCUUUUAAUAAACAUCACAGUGAAACUGCAAUGCUAAGGUACCUGCACCGUUUACAAUCCAGAGACUUAUCACUUGCUAAUUCGAUGAUCCCAUUGGGCUCUUGUACCAUGAAGUUGAACAGCACAGUGGAGAUGAUGCCAAUCUCAUGGCCAGAAUUCGGUAACCUACACCCAUUCCAACCAAGUGAACAAGUUAAAGGGUUUCAUGAACUGGCAGAGAACCUGGAGAAGGACUUGGCUUCUAUCACAGGGUUUGAUGCCGUUUCUCUACAACCAAACUCAGGUGCACAAGGUGAAUAUACUGGGCUGAGAGUUAUCAGAACAUACUUGAAUGGUAUUGGUCAAACCCAUAGAAAUAUAUGUUUAAUUCCAGACUCUGCGCACGGUACGAACCCUGCAUCAGCGGCAAUGAGUGGGCUAAAAGUCGUACCUGUGAAGUGUUUGGAAAACGGAUCUCUCGACCUAGAAGACUUGAAACUGAAAGCAAGAAAAAACAAAGAUGCCUUAGCAGCCAUCAUGAUCACAUAUCCAUCGACGUACGGUCUCUAUGAACCGGGUGUCAGAGAAGCUAUUGACACUGUCCAUGCACAUGGGGGACAGGUGUACUUGGAUGGUGCCAACAUGAAUGCACAAUUAGGUCUAACAUCUCCAGGGUUCCUGGGCGCUGAUGUUUGUCACUUAAAUCUACACAAAACUUUUGCUAUCCCACACGGUGGCGGAGGUCCUGGUGUUGGGGCCAUUGGUGUUAGAAGUCACUUGAAAGAUUAUCUUCCAGGCCAUGCUAUUGCACCUCCAACAAAUGCGACUUCAUCUAAAGCGAUCGAUGCGGUCAGCUCUGCUGCUUAUGGUAACGCUUUAGUCCUACCUAUCUCGUACGCUUUUAUCAAGAUGAUGGGUAAUGAAGGCUUACCAUUUGCGAGUAUCAUGGCUAUGCUGAAUGCUAAUUACAUGAUGACCCGGUUGAAGAAGUAUUAUAAAAUUUUAUUUGUCAAUGAGAAGAGCGAUUUGAAGCAUUGUGCCCACGAGUUCAUCGUGGAUUUGAGGGAAUAUAAAGAGCACCAUGUGGAGGCAAUUGAUGUUGCUAAGCGGUUACAAGAUUAUGGGUUCCACGCUCCUACCCUAGCUUUCCCCGUUCCAGGCACGCUGAUGAUAGAACCUACAGAGUCUGAAAACCUGGAAGAGCUUGAUAGAUUUGUGGAUGCCAUGAUUUCUAUUAAAGGUGAGAUCGAUGCUUUUGUUGCUGGGAAACCGGAGGGUCAAGUAUUGAAAAAUGCCCCACAUUCCUUGGAGGAUUUGAUUUCUUCAAAAGACUGGGACACCCGUGGCUAUUCAAGAGAACUUGCGGCUUAUCCGCUACCUUACUUGAAUUAUAACAAGUUUUGGCCUGUUGUUACAAGAUUGGAUGAUACUUACGGUGAUUUGAACUUGAUAUGCUCCUGUCCAACUGUGGAAGAGGUUGCCAAUUCUCAGGAUUAG